AUGGCGAAAAAGACAUCCGCACUUUUUUCUGAAUUUGCUGGGAAGGAAUUUCCUAGGGGUAUAACAUGUUACCAUUCCACUAAAAACCUCAACGAACCAUUGCUUACGUUAUCUGACCAAGUAGAUCAACAUGUAAGUGAGUCAUUUAUUACAAUAUACGAAUGAAUAACAUACAAACAAUAGUUGUAUAGACAACUUCAUAAACAUGCCGAUGGAAGAACAAGAAUGAUACAGGUUGACCAUCGGCACAGUCUACAGGCAAAAUAAAAACAUUUAUUUUAUUUUAUUUUAAAAAUUUUCCCCAUGUACAAUAAAUUUAUGUGUAGUAUAUUUACAAUAAUUGUAGAGUGCGGGCUAGAGACCUACUAGAAAUCUUAGUAGACUUUUUAUUUAGGUCUCUAGUUAUGCUAGUUUGUAUUGUGUUAUGUAAUAAAUUAUUUACAGUCAAUCACAAUAUUAAAGGAAUAUAUAUAUAUAUAUUAUUUACAAGAGAGAAAAAGAAGAGAAAUUGUUCUUAUUAUAGAAGUGAAUAUUUACAAGAGAGAAAAAGAAGAGAAAUUGUUCUUAUUAUAGAAGUGAAUACCAAUGUUGUAGAUGCAUUUGGGUUCUUAUAAGAAUUAGACUACAAUAUACUAUUAAAUUUGUCAUAUAGCAGAAUGUUUUAUAGCAUAUCUUAUACGUUGUAUAGUAAAAAAUAUUGUUUAAUUUGCUUUUUGAAAGUGCUGUAGAAAUUUAUAUCUAUAAAUUUUGUUUCUAAUGAAUUCCAUACGUCAACUCCUUUAUUUGACAGAGUGUGUUCUACAUAAUUUGUUCUUUUAUAACAUUUGUGAAGUUUUGAUGCAUUUCUCGUGUUAUAUUGAUGAAUUUGGUUGUUUGUCACAAAAUAAUCUUUAAAAAAUUCUGGUAAAUUAUUAAGAUGGUGGUAUCGAAACAUAAACAUCUGGCAUGUUAGCUAAGUGAAAUCUGUAUUUCAAAGGAUAAGACACCCUAAGGGUAUACUUAAGAAAAUUUGGGAUUUCUCUUUAAUUUGAGCUAAUCUUGCAUGCAUCAAAUUCUUUUCAGGUUGCGAUCGUACUCUGGAACACUAUUUUACGGUUUAUGGGAGACAUGCCGGAGCCACGACACACCUUCUUGGAUACGGUAUGAUAUUCUAAUUUGACAUUGAAGUAUUUUUCAGCUUAUUUCCUAGGUUGCCUCUCUGACUCUCUUCGCCUUUAAUAGUGCUGUCCAGGUUACUAUGCAUACACUGAAUGGUAAGACCACAGUUUCAAAACAAUAGGGAUAGGUUUAUACCUAUACAAGCACUCGUGAUAAAUUCAUUACAGAGCGUAACGAUGUUCAAUUUGAUACUUAUAGGAACAGCUUCACUACAUCAGUCCACGAUUCCUUAUAUAUGGCUAUAUUUUCUAACAAAUACAAGACUAAAUAAUAUCAUGAAAAGAAUUUACAUUAUUUUCUUAUUCUGACAACUGUCGUUAAAGUUGACAUGACACGAACUUUUUUAUCGCCCCAUCAGAAGUCAAAACUGUAAAGCAACUUCUUUUGCAAAUUUUUGUUUACGUGCUUCCUUGGUGGGAUAUUCAGUUUUCUUGAUAUGCAGUGUAAACAAAUGCAUUGCAUGUGAACAAAACUGAAUUCUCUCACCAAGGAAGAAUGUAAACGAAAAUCUGUAAAAGAACAUAUAACAUGGGACAAUAAAAAAUUUCGUGUCAUAUCACCUUUAAUGCUAAGUGAAAUCUACAAAUCUAUCUUGUUUAUAUAGUCAUCACUGGAGCAAGUCACAGCAGGAGAAAAGGCAAACCUCUUCACUUCUAACAGUUGGAUGUCAACAUUUGAUAAACUACGAUUUGUUGUUGGCUUAGGAAUCAAUCGCCCACAUUUAAGGUAUAUAACCUUACCAACAUUAUAUUUUGAUAGUUACAUAUUAUGCACACAUAUAUUAACUAAAGACAAUGUGGUCUAAAGAUUACGUUGCUCAAAUGACUGAAAAAUUAUUUUCGUCCACUGAAAAAAGUACUGAAUUGGUUUAUAGCAUAUCUACAGAUACUAUAGAAUAAGCUUUGCCGUUUCAUAAAUCCAUGUUUUGUUGCAGGGAUGAAAUAUAUUGCCAACUCUGCAAACAAGUGACAAACAAUCCUUCCAAAACUAGUUUGUUAAAGGGAUGGGUUUUAAUAUCAUUAUGCAUUGGUUGUUUUAUGCCUUCUACGAAGGUAAGUCACUUUAAUAGUAUGCUAUUUCUCUACUAUUAUCUUGUCCAAUUAUAUGCUCCAAUUUUAAGCCAAUCAAUGCGGGUAUAUAAUAACGGCCAUAUCAUUUUGAUUUACUAGGGAAUACAUAUCUAAUGAUAUACCUGGACAAUUUAGUGGUUACAUUGUGUUUUUUCAGGAAGAACCCAAACAAUGUCUGGACUGAUGACCAGAGUUGUCUUGAAACCAUGACUUUACCCCUGGGGUUUGUUGCUCACCAAGUCACGGUACCUAAGAUACCUGCAAAAAUGCAAAACAAAUGUAUACUGAACAAACGGUUAACACUUGCACUGAGCUUGCAUGUUGGCUUUAAGAUGUGGGAAAGAUAAUGCCAUUAUAAUGCCUUAUAGACAGGCAAGAUUUAUAUAUUGCACUCUUGUUGGUAUUUCCUCCGCAGGUGGAGCAAAUUGUAAUAGAAGUGAUGAAGUGUGGUCCGGACGACUGUGCUAGUUAUUGCGAUCAGAAAAUGACCAGAACUAAGAGAAAUGGUACGAGAAAACAACCUCCCAAUACUUUGGAAUUACAGGUAAUUCAAUAAAAAUUCGAGUUGAGGCUGCACACAAGCUAGGCACAUGCACGCGAUAUUUUACCGUCGUUUGCAUUUAAAGGCCCGUUUACACUUGCAAUUUUUGCUGCGAUUUUAGGUGCGAUUUUUUCUUCUGCUGAUGUAUGUGAACGAGCGGAUGAGUUAGGAAUGUUUAGGGUAUGAUGAGGGUACAUAUAUACUAUUUACUCGUUCACAUCCAUCAGAAGAAGAAAAUCGCACUAGAAUUCGCAGCAAAAAUUGCGCAUGCAAGUGUAAACGAGCCUUAAAGGUACGUUUACACGCUGCGAUUUGUCGGGCCGAUUUUGCUCGCUGUAUGUAAAUAACCUGUCGUGAGCACUCGCGUCAGCGCCUUGCGAUUCACAAAAUCGGGAGAAAAAUCUGUAGCAAAGCACAGAUUUUUCUCACGAUUCAACGAUUUUUCUUCCGUUGUAAAGUUGUUGAAAACUUUUCGCACGCAGAAAACUAUAAUAUGAACAGACGAGAGAGCGGAUAGCUUCAAUUGAACGUUUAAAUCGCUAAAUGUCGAAGAAGGGGCAACGUUUAUUUGCCAAAAUCGGCCCGACAAAUCGCAGCGUGUAAAUGUAGCUUAAGGAUGAACAACUGCAGUGGCGUAACUGCUUUGGGUUGCGCUCUGCAAAAGUUGACUCAAGUAGCAGAGUGAAAAAAUAAUGUUAACUCUUAUUAUUUUAUAUGUUGUAGUCUAACUUCUAUUUGGUAGUCAGAAAAGUAGCCUUUUGUAGGUUAAUUUGCUUGCUUCUGUAAGUGCCGCGAUUCUGACGUUGACCGCCAUCUGCUAAAGUGCUUUCCUAUAAUUGUUGAAACCAGCAGGAUCUAACUUUUACCAUCAAUCCAUGGAACAAUACCUAGAGUGUUUUUAUACAUUAUAUAGGCUGCGCAGCAACUGGUGUUUCCUGUGGUGUUAGUGGAAUUAAAUGAUGGAAGAGAAGUCCACAUAGAAGUGGAUUCAUCUACAACGGCAAGAGAAUUGUGUAUAGACGCUGCAGAUGAGAUGGGCACUGAUCAUAACGCUGGAUAUGGCAUACAAAUUGGCAUGAUGGGCAAGGUAUCGAGCACAAGAAACACUUUACAUUAAGUAGCAGUCACUUCUGUUCUACUCAUGCGCGAACAUAAUUUAUUUCUAACAAUAGAUAAUCAGUUCUUUGAAUGUUUGCAUGGCGAUAAAAUAUAAUUGUUUUUGUUUGUGGAAACACCACGUAAAAAAUGCAGUAAUAAAUUUACGUGGUGUUUCCACAAACAAAAACAAUUAAUAGAUAAUCAGUUAAACUCCAGUCCUGUGGGCUCACACCUUAGCCCAUUAUUCUUCAGACUACACCGCAGAAGGUGAUAUUGAACAGUUAAACAGAAAAUUUUGACUCCAAAGCAACAUAAUAGCUAACGGCAGAUUUUUGGCCACACCUCCGAUAUCAUAUAGGAUAUUUUGACGAUGCAUGUUUACACGUUUAAAUGUGCACAUUUUUAACUUCCGCAUUUAGAAAAUAGGGUAUGUUUUGAAAUGUACACAAUUUCAUUGAACGACUGAAACACUAAGAAAAAAUUCUAUAUUAUGCACUUGUUUUGAGCAAACUCUCACCGGUCCGGAUUCAAACCAUCUUAAUUGACCACUUGCGUAAUAGACUAAAUUUUGAUCUAGACAAAAAUUUCAUACCCUUACCCUUUGGGGCUGUCAAUUUCCCGUUUGUAAUCUAAAAUGACUGAAAAUUGCAAACUUCGCAAGGCUAUAUUAUCCGCAUUUUACAACAUUUCGCAACGAAACUUUGGAAUAUUACUAAUUUUAUGAUGCUCUUUCAAGCUGUUAUGACAUUUUUGUCUAGACUUGUUUAGAUCAAAAUUUAGUCUAUUACGCAAAUGGUCAAUUCCACCUUCCAAUUUCCAGCAUAUCAACCUUGGUAGUGGUAGUGAGAAGCUGAUGGAUGCAAUAUGGGUGUGUGAACAGAGUGCAAGAGAACUUGGAUAUGAAAAAGAUGACAUACCAUGGAAAAUUUACUACAGAAAAGAAGUAUACAAUCCUUUAGAAGAAUUUCUCAUUGAUAUCAGCUGGACAGACUUUGCAUAUAACUUCGUUGUUAAUGGUAUCAGAUCUCGUGUAACGAAAUUAAAACGGGUAUGCUUUAAAAUUAAAUACUAAAAACAAUAUGCGUUCUUAUCGUCCUUAUAAGCGUGUCAUAGUUGCAAAAGUGGACAUUGCAAUUUGAGUCUGGAAAUUCAGUGUACAAUGGGUUGCGGUUGAACAUUAUGACCUAGCUAAAUGGCUAUAUAAUUCGUGAAUUGUUACUUAAAUUGUGAAUUAAUAACAUAAUUUUUUUACAAAUUUGUCUGCUUCGUUCUCCGGAAAACUCAAAUUAUCUCGAAAAAAGUAGGAUCUCGGGACUUGGAAUCCAGCAUGGAGACAUGCUUAUUUUUUAAUUGAAUGUUCAAAUUGAGUUUAAGGAGUAACUUGGGAUUCGAGAAACUUCAAACCCUUUUGCCCAUUUUCAUUUUCCAACCGUCUAUAGACUUAAUGUUUUUUUUUCAUUUAGCGGUUUAACAGUACAGAGAAAUUGGCUGAUGAGAAAUAUAGUCCCGUUCAACAACGUAAGGGAUCCAAUACGAGUUCAACAAGUCGUCCUAGUUUAGCCAGUUUUUCUUCCAUGGGAUCAUCAAAUGACUUCGGGUUACCCUCCCGCACGAAUUCCGGCGUUAGCGAUAUAUGUAAUGUUGAAUUUGCCUUGGAAAACAAUAAUUCACCACAAAACAAUGAAACGACGUUAAAAAGAAUAUGCGAAACAUACAAAGAUAGUUCUAAAGAUGUACACACUUUGGAGGAAUAUUCCAAAAGGAAUUUCACACCCGGAAAUUCUAGCAAGGACAAGUGGCGGAAGAAUGGGCAGCCGGCGUGUAUAUGGUCUCAUCAAACGGUGAGUGAUGGAUAGAAUUUGAGCGGCCGAUCUGUGUGGGUAUAUUACAUCUAAAAUAAAUAACAGUAUCGACCUACUGCAUCUAAUAGAGAGGUUCAGAUUUGACUUCCAGUACCGCUACCAUUAAGGGACAAUCAACCAAUCAGAUGCGUUUGAUAUAUUCGAUUGACCAAUCAGAUGCGUACUAAGCCAGUUAGAGGUAUAGUAGUAGCGGUAUAUAGUGGUAGACAAAUCUGAAUUAUUUGAUACAGAUUCUCUUGAUUAGUAUUCAAAAGUUUAACUCAUGCAGUGGUCUUGAUUAGUAUUCAUGCGUUAGGAACGGAAAGCACCCAAGUAGAACGCAAGGACGCAUCAAAGAACGCCCUCCAGAUGCUUCCUUGUGCAUGCGUUAUCUGUCAGGUCAAGUCCUUAAUAUACGUAACAACUAGUUUACACGUACUCACGUGCUAGCGUCAGAACGAAAGGGAUCAGGCUGCUGUUAAGUUAUUCCUACGGAGCAGUUCUGUGUGUAACGUUCUUCGCCAUUGGAAGCUACAUUUAAACACUGCAAUUUCAGAUCGAAUUUCGUCCAAAAUUCCUCAUUAGCAAUUGGCAAAACCAGAAAUCAGCCUAACGGGUUUGACCCUUUGUAGAUAAUGUAAGAUCUAGAUUUGGACAAAAGCCACAAUGUGCAAACGUACCUAAUAUUGUUGCUUCACAGUGGGGACGUUACGGCGUAACUACACUCUUGGCCAAUCUACAGCUAUGCGAAACGUGUAAGCGAACGACAAAAACUAAGCGAUACUAGUUUUAAAUUGGAUACCUACAUGCAUAUACUUACAUUUUCUACAAUCCAAUGCUACAAAUCCAUUGUGUUUUUUGUGUUUACACCUUUUUUGACCUGAAUUAUUUACAAAAAAAGCAACCAACUCUAAUUACUGAGCAACAAAUUUCUAAACCAUUGGCUAAUACAUUGUUAUGCAAGCACAUGACCUUCGUUAGACGUCAGUUGUAUUGACAGCUUGUUAUUUGUUUUACAGGAACCGUUAAAUGAGCCUCUUCUUGUUCGAUUACGUGACAACCAUGAAUUAUCAAGCCUUUCAGUUGAAAUAUUUUCUGAUAUCCUUUUUGAAAUAUUAAGAUAUUUAUUUAUGAAUAUAAUCAUAAAUUAUAAUUUAUCCAAUUUUCUAUAGUUGCACUUGACCUCUCGUGCAGGAGUUAAUGGCAAACCCUGCAACAAUAAUAAUGGGAAAAUGAUGAAAAUUAUUUUCAUUGAUGGCGGAUGAAUGCUGUAGAAUACAUAAUGUAUGCAUGUAGCUUAAGCUAUAAUUGUGUUGCCAAUGGUUGUGAUGGUUGUGUGGAGCAUUGCCACGUAGUGCAGUAAAAUUAAAGUCAGCAAUUGGAAAUAUGAAUCGCCUGAGAUGAAUUAGCUAAGGCGGUUAGGCUAAGCUUUAAUUUCCAUAACUUUACUCUACCUAUACUCGUGUAUAUGCAAAAGUGCACGAACAACAGAUCUUCCAAAUAUUACAAGGUGGAAUUGACGGACAAAAUAUUCAGACCAGCUGUACAACACGUAAGUACAUUUUACGUUGUUCGCAGUUACUUUGUGUUUAUUAAAAUGUGUAUGUUAUCUGAAAGUGACAUGCAUAGAAAGCCAUGCAACUAAUCAAUGCAAACCUACCUACCCUAUUUUUUAAGGAUAUGAAACUGGAAUCGCAGGUUAUUUAUUUAUUUGGCCUAAUAUGAAGUUGAAGAACUUUAAUUCAUUACUUUAACCAUUAUAUAAUUACUCUGCUUGUUAGCAUAUAUAAAAUAGCAGAAUGCUGAUUGCUUACAAUAGAUUCCCUCGCCUAGCUGGUGUUCAAAUGUUAUUCAUUCUGCAAAUUUUCCUUUCAAACAACACAUGAUAAUCGCCCUUGUUGAACAUUGAACGGUAUAUCUUCAAUGCCAUAGUUUUCCAAAAUAUCCAGAUUCAAAAGUACAAAGUCAUGUCAAUAUGAAGUACUUCAGCAGUUCAACUGAAUCUGAUUUGACUGAUUUGUUCUGUAGGAAGCAUUGAAGGAUGAACUGUACUGUCAGCUAAUGAAACAACUGACGAAUAACGUGGAUACGUAAGUUGCUAACAGUUAUAUUUCACACUAACAAUCCUCUUAAGCGGACACCCCUUUUAAGUGGACACAGAGCUCUUGUCCCGAUGGCAAUGUUGAUAAAAUACUAUAAUUAUCAUCCUUUUCAAGCAGAUAUCUCUUUUAAGCGGACAUAUCUUUGAGGUUUCAAAGGUUAAUUGAGGUUCGGCCAUUUGACUGUGUAAAGAUAUAGUCCUAUUAAAGAUCAGUCAGUCAGUUUACAUUUUCAUGAGAGGCGGAGCUCCCCUUUGAGUCGAACGGGCGUCGCUCGUAUUGCCUAUUCCACAGUAUAGGCAUACUGCCAAAUCAAAGUCGUUAUAUAGCUUAAUCAAUGUUAUUAACUUCUUUUGUUUUUUAUAAUGACCAAUAACAAGGCUUAAAUUUUUGGUAUUAUUGUUAUUGGUCAUUAUAAAAAACAAAAGAAUUUUUUAUUAAAAUGAGGCUAAGGGAAAGUUCGAUACUAAAUAUAUUAACUUCUUAUUAACCGAACGCGAGGUCUGUACAGAGAAAUACUUGCAUUUAUACUUGAAAACAAGAAUGAUUUGAAAUGCAUUUUAGUAGCGUGGUACACAUUUGGUCGAAGAAAACAAAAAAAUAGCAAUGCAUGUAUUCCUUCUUUUCCACUAAAAACCAUUCGCAGAUAUCUUAUUAAUAACAAAUUAAAUUAUAAUUUUCAAAUUUUUUAAAAUACAUGCGUUUGUUUUUACGUAAUGGACCGCCAGUCCAUUACGGGAAAAUAAUGGACCGCUGAAAGUGCUUCUCAGCCAAUCACAGUCCGCCAUUUCACUGGAAGUGAUGCUUGCCAUAUAAGGGAGCUUUAGAUUUGACUACGAGUACGACUACGAGUACGAGAUUUGAUCGCGUGCGAGGAAGUUACCGUAGUCGUUCUCGUUUCCAUUCAAAUGUUGCUUUUAUAACAGUAAAUCAACAGCGAGAGAAAGUUUCAUAAACUAAAUCUCCUGCUGACUAAAAUCCCCUACAAAACGUGCAAGUAAGUCAUAACAUUAAAAACAGGCCAGAUAUUUAGUACUAAUAUAUUAUUUGCGCCGGAUAAACGCUAUAUAAAUGCUACAAAUUAUUUUUGGAAAACAAAAAAAAGCCAACUUUCUUUGUUUGUUUUUUGAAAAAUCGUCGUGAGGACUACGAGGUUUCUCCACAAUUUCGUACUCAGAUGGGCGACGGCUACGACUUUUCCUCGUCAGUACGGGAUGGCGUAAGCAUACAGCAUGCGUUUAGCUUGACGAAUCUCGUACUCGUAGUCGUACUCGUAGUCAAAUCUAAAGCUCCCUAAUAAUAACUUAUGACUGCUGAUUGAGGCCAGUGAGCUCUAUAUAUAUCUGGAGCAAGAACUUCAGUCAUUCGGCCUAUGAGAAAAGUGAAGCCAAGAUGUCAUAAACAGGUUUUAUACAAUUUUUCCCCAGCUAAACCAGUUUUUUUCUGACGGACCGCCAUAUCGCGAAUAAAGUUUUCAGUUCAUAAAAUCAUAAUAUUAGUCUUUAGUCAAAAUACGAAAUUUCGACACACUCCUUGCCAAGAUGCAUGGCGGAAAUCGAAGGAGCUAUUGGACGUCAGUUCCAGUCCCUUUCUGGUGUUCAGUUUUGUCUGCACGGUUAGCACGAAGCUGGCUUCACUUUUUGGACUCAAGUUCUCGCUCCAGAUAUAUAUGGACACAGAGAAGAGAUAUACAGAGAGGAAACACGCGGCAAAUUAUGUCACGUCGAUAUAUUCAGUCUAUUAACUAUCAAUCUCGUACCCAGAGCAAUGCCUGUGCGCGGGCUAGGAUGGCAUUGGCUCUGGGGAAAUUGAAUUUUCCCUGUGCUGCGAUUGGUUUAAUUAACGUUUAUCAAUCGUACAUGCCGACAAAGAACCGGAACCCCUAAAUUUAGGGGUUCCGGUUGUCAAUUUCCCCAGAGCCAAUGCUAUCCUAGCCCGCGCAGGCAUUGCUCUGGGUACGAGAUUGAUUAACUAUAGAAAGAUGCAGAGGAAAAACUAUACACAUUAUAGAAGUAUUUAUGUUUUUUUUAUGCAAGAGUUAUAUUUUGAGGCAUUUAUAUCAUUCGCUGCUUUGUUUUUUAUACAUGAGCAUCUGAAAAUCCCAGCCAGUGCUUUUCACGAUUUUAAUAAGGAGUAGAUAGGGAAAAAAACAAACUUUUGCAAAAUAAAAUGUUAUGAUUAACACUUUUAAUAAAAGGAAAUCAAUAAAAGUGAUCGCUUACCGUUAUUCUACAAUAAUUUAUUGAACAAAAUUUCCAUGGGUAUCUCAUUUUUUUUAAAAAAGCGAUUUUCACCUUUCGAACGGCGUUUUCCCUAUCUUUUGCUAUGAAAUUUCAGCGACGGCACUGGCUGGAAGAUUUUGCGUGGUGCGUGGAACGCGUGACACAAAAAUUCAGGUUAUCGAGUGUCAGUUUCCUCUCUGUAUAUCUCUUCUCUGUGAUAUGGAGCUCACUGAUUGAGGCAUGCAGGACGUUCUGAGUGCGAAGGUUACAUUGUCGCAUGGAAACUAAUAACCUAUAAAAUACUUAGAUCUUUGUCGCUUUAUUUUUGCUCGCCUUUUCGUAAGAUGAAUUUGUAAUUUCUUUUUGUAGGAACAGUUACCAACAGGGAUGGGAACUCAUGUUUCUUUGCACAAGCCUUUUUUCUUGCAGGUUGGUCUUAAUUUUAUGUCCGAAAUAGUCUUGCUGUAUAAACUUGCAACAAUAUUUUUGACACUGAGCCAAUAAAAGAAUCACCGCGUGAUUUUUUACUUAACUGAUAUUUUCCAUCUGAGUAAAGGCGUAAAAUUUAGGUUUAGGUUUAGGAGUUUCUCUUUCAUUCAGUAUGUUUAAGAUAACAUGGAUCUGCCCAAAAUUGCAUUGCAAGUGGCAUGAGAAGUUAUUUUCUCUACACUGCACCAUUGUCAUCAUUUGUUUCUUUUUGCAAUCUAGUGAAGAUCUUCUGAAAGAAGUGAUGCUAUUUUGUGUUACGUGGAGUAAAUACGAGAAAAUGGGAAUGAACUGUUUGACAUAUUUACGUAAAACUGUUCAAAGUGGUCCAAGGCAUUAUCCACCACAUUUUGUGGAAUUUGCUGCAGCUACGGUAUGUGAAUGCAAAUAUUUUAUGAUUGACCUAAACCUCAGGAUGAUGUUUUUGUCUGGAAUUAUAUCAAUUACGUGUCUGUUUUAAUCGAGACUCUGCAAGGUUGCGACUGAUAACUUCACGAAAUCUUGAUAAUUUUGGAAGAUUCGUUGUCGUUGCUAAUGUUUUAUAUAAACAUUUCGUGAAUAUAUUAACUUUGCUAACUUAGCACUUUCAAAUUAUAUAUUCAUAGAUUAAUUAUAUCCCGUGCAUGUUCAUUAUCCCAUAUAUCUAGUAAAAAAAUUUUAAAUUUUAGAAACAAUGCCAGUCUAUUUUGCACAAAGUUUAUUUUCCUGAUUCGACAUCAAAG